UUUAGUUUACAAGAUGGCGGAUCUCGUCUUCACUGUGACACCCGAUAAACAUUAGCUAAACCUUGUCAUGGAUAGAAAUUGAGAAUAAAUUGAUCACAGAAAAGUACAGAAGAAGACAUAAACAAGCAAAAUGCCCACUGCUGAAGUAGCCCAACAGAUGACCCCGUCAACAUAUGGCAACAUCGGGAAGGUGAAAACCGACAUUCUUCCUACAGGCGUGGCACCAGCUGGCAGGGUCAACAAAAAUGGACUGGAAGUCACAGAACAAGUCUUGUGGCAGGGCUGGGAGCCUGGGAGAGAGUAUACCAAGAAUAUCGUCCUCAAGAACAUACAGAUCAAAACACAAAAGCUAAGAUACAAAGUUCCAAGUUCCCGUUUCUUCAGCACUGUGUACCCAAAGGCUAUUGUACUUAGUGCUGGCACUAGUUUCACUCUCCCCAUCACAUUCCGUCCUCUGGAGAAAAAACAGUAUGAGGACAAGAUUCAGUUCAGGACUAAGGAUGGGGACUUUGAGAUCUGUAUCAAAGCUAUUCUACCACAGACUGUCAUUGACAGUCCAGCACGCCUGGACUUCAACAUGUGUGCCUCCAAGGACUUUGUGGACAUGACAUUUGAAGUUGUAAACACUGGAGAUGUAGAGACCAGCAUUCAGUGGGAGGUGAAGGAACCAUUCGUCAUCGAGCCAACAGAAGCCAACCUCCCAGUCAGGUCCUCCUGUCAGUUCAAGGCCACCUUCAAACCAGAGGGAGCUACGGUUUAUGAAGCAGAAGCCUUAUGCAAGUAUGGAGUCGACGGAACCUUAUCGAAAGUUACAAAACUCAAGGGGAUUGGUAAAUAUCCCCACCUGCUGGUGUCGAGCCCAGGUAAACCUGCCAGCAACCUCAACAGAGACAACCUGGAGGCUGCCGUGCAUUUUGGGAAAACACCAGUAGGAUCUGCCGUAACCAAGUGGGUAGAACUGCACAAUCUGUCUCCAGUGAGGGCUCCAUUCUGUGUAGAACACCCAACAGGUAUCAGCAGGAUCGACACUGUGUUCCAUUGUCCCCAGAAGAUAGGCAUCGUUCCUCCGAUGUCAUUGGUUAGAAUACCGCUGAUGUUCAGCCCAAAUACAGUUGACACCACCAGCAUCGACUACUUUAACAUUGCUGCUGUUGGCAACAUCAGCCACAGCAUUGUCAAGUGCACUGGUUCCUCCAAAGGUCCAACAGUACAACUGAGCUCAAACGUUGUCAACUUUAUGGAGGUCGACUUUGGUCAGACUGGGACUCGCACUGUAGACAUUGUCAACAGCAGUGAUGUGGAGGCAGUGUACCAGUUUAUGAUCGACUGUGACGAGAGUGUGUUCAAGUUCCAGUUCAUGUCAGGUGUCCUAAAGCCCAACUCUGUGCAGACUGUCAUCCUCCAUUUCACACCCACCCACCCCAUCAACUACUACAGGAGGGUCACCUGCCUCAUCCAUAACCAGGGUCCUCUGUUCCUGGACAUGCUCGGGACCUGUCACUCCGAGAUGGUCAAGCCAGCGGUCCUGCUGAAGAAACACCUUGACCGCUUCAAGAUGCAUGUGGAGAGAGGGUUUUCCAUGUACCCUCCAGAGCAACUGAAUGAGCUGCUGAGGGAAGGCAAGCUCGAGACUGAUGAGGAAGGGCUACUCAGGAUAGCUCAGACGGAACCAGUUGAGAUGAAGGAGAACGAAACAUUGACGCCAAGCGUCCCUCCGACAGAUGAAUACUUCAACGAUGGAUUCCACUGUGACCUUGUAAACUUUGUCCCACAUGUGAGCACAGAUGUCCACUUGGCUGACUUUGGCAACUGUCAGAAUCUGAGAGUCAUUGAAGACAAGACUGUGAAUAUCACCAACCACACCAAGGGCAAGGUCACAGUGCAGUGGAUGGGAGAUGGUAGUCACAUGUUCUCGGUCUACCCCACUGUCAUGGACAUCCCUCCCCUCAAGAGCUGCUCCUUCCGAGUCUCAUUCAAGCCGAAUGCCCCAAAUCAGCUGUAUGGAGCCGAGUUGGAGUGUUUUGUGUUCUACAAGAGCCUGCGUGACUAUCGUCUGGUAGAGGAGGUCACCCACUGCCCACCAUGGUGUUUGACUGUCAGCUGUACAGGUCACACCUUCAUGCCCAACAAUGAGACCUUCCUGCCACGUUACAAUGUCAACAGCCCCAAGUUGGUGUUCCCAGCGGUGAACGCCAAGGAGUCGACGUACCGCACACUGUGUGUACAGAACAAGGGCACCACACCCAUACUGUUUGAUUUGGAGAAAGACCCUAGCAACACAUUUGCCAUAAAGCCGGCCAAAGGUCUUCUGAAAGAGGGUGUGCAGAUUUUCGUGGUGAAGUGUACACCCUCUGAAGUGAAGACCUAUCAUCACGCCAUGCUGCUCAAGCUUAAUGAUAAUGACAAGUACAGCAGGGCUCUCCAGCUGUGUGGGUCAGCAGAGUCUGCAGAAGUCAUGAUGGAUUCCGGCGGAGUGAUGUUCUUCAAGCCUACCUGUGUGGGGACAGCCUCAAAGAGGACAUACUCCAUCAAGAACGUCUCCAGAAUACCUCUCAGGUUUGAGUGGAAGUUGAAUCAUGCGGACUCCAAGCUGCUGAAGGUUCAACCUGACUGUGGCAUCAUUCAUCCUAAUGAAUCACAGAGCCAGACAUGGUCGUUCAUCCCUGGGGGUGAGGAGAAGUAUGUGAUGAAGCCGAGCCUCAUUGCGUGGGGGCAGGGCUUCAUGAACAACUCAUCUGGGGGCAAGAAGAAACAGUUCAAGCUGCGUGCUAUCGGGGAGGGAUCACUCGGGGAGAUAUUGGCAGAGGAGAAGUACUUUGACUUUGGUGACAUCGUCGUUGGUAGCUCUGCCUCCCACCACAUCACCCUGUACAACAGCAGCAACUGCAGCCUCCACUUCCGACUGCUGCUUGACCAGCAUGUUGAUGGCCCGUGCGCAGACAGUAUCAUGAGGAGUGACAAGAUGGGCCUGGAUCUGGAGACCAUGGAGGGAGUGUUGCCAGCCAGAUCCAGACAGACAAUACUCCUCACAGUACGCCCACUCAGGAGGGUCACCUACCAGUACAGUGUGUCCUACCAGCUCCUCACACCGGAAGGCACCAAGUCCCAGGCAUCGGUGCAGGAACUGAAGCAUCUGUGCCACAUCCUCAUGACGGGGGUGUUCCCCAUCAUGGCCGUCACGGACGCCCGCUGCUACGGCAGCGCCAUCGGAAUCAGCAAGAAACAGCUGUGGAACCUCUUCUCUCUUGACAACAUGAACGUGUGCCUGGACUCUGACCCUUCAGCGGAGGAACUCAUGUACAACGUCUCCACCAGACACAGCCAUCGGCGCCGUCCACCAGUGUACACCCGAGCUAUCCUGGACUUCAACUUUAGUGCAGCUCCCUUGGACAGUGAACCUUGUGUGGUCAACCUGAUGUUUGAGAACACAGGCACUGUUCCAACAGACUGGUCCUUCCUGUUCCCAUCUGACCUGCACCUGGAGUUGGAGUACUGGGCAGAGACUGGGGAGUUUGAUGAGGACGAACUGCACCAGAUGAAGGUGAUGGACAACAAGCUGUUCAGUAUCGAACCAAAGCGGGGUAGGAUGGCACCAGGAGAUACUCAGACAGUGACCUUCACCUACAACCACACCAUGGCUGGAACUGACCGUCUGCCUGUACUGCUCAAACUCUCAAAGGGCAGGGAAAUACUGCUGAACUUCAUUGGAGUGACCGUGGAGCCGGAGAGGCAUUACAUCCACUUCCCCUCCAACAAGCACCUAUUCACUCCUGUCCCUGUAGGAGAGCAGAACAGCCCCAAACAGGUGUAUGAGCUGUACAAUGGGGGAGCUGUGCCAGUCAGGUACGAGUUCGACCUCACACCGCUGGAACUCAUCAGACAGGAGAACUUUGACCAGCCAAUCUUUGAGUGUCUGAACCCUAUUGGUGAGAUCCCGCCAGGACGGUCCGUGGCACUGGAGUGGAGGUUCUCUCCCUUGGAGGCCAAGACGUACAUGAUCGACGUGCCAGUCCAUGUCCAUCAAGGUGACACAGCCAUCAUCACCUUCACCGGGGUAGGGUUUGACAAGCGGGUGAUGGGAGACACCAUGCCCAUCACAGACCAGCAUGACCUUACUGGCGUACCCAGCGUGCAGAGUGUGGCGAUACCUGGACAGCUUGUGUACCUGUCCCGAGAGCGUGUCUCCUUCAGCAACAUGCCUCUCUUCAGUCUGGCCAGGCAGAUGGUGUUUGUCAUCAACAAAUCCCAACAACGACCAGUGUCCUUCGAAUGGCAUGUCACAUCUCAAGCCGACAGCAAGUGUCUGUCCAUCUCACCGGUCAGGGGUCAACUGGAACCUGGGGGUACUGGGAUGUGCAGAGUUACCUUCCUUGCUGCUGGGGUGCCAUCAUUCUAUGACCUUGAUCUUGUGUGUGAGGUGACAGAUGAGUAUGAGAUGGGAGAGUACAGGAAGAGUCUGUCUGACUGGGAGGCGGAGAAGGAGCGUCAGAGACAAGAGUUUGUCAUCACAGAGAAUGACCUCAAUGCUGACCUCAGACUGACUGAUGAUGUGGAAGUGGUGGAGCGUCCUUCAUCCCGCCUCGCAUCUCUGGACGACUACCGGUCAACACCCAGCCCGGACGGUGAAUUGACCAGAUACAGGACACUACCUCCCAUCAAGCAGAAGUCUUCUGAUGAGGUGAAGGCUGAAGAAAGACGGAGGAAGAGGAAGGAGAAGGAAUUGUGGGAGAAACCAGUACCACCCCGCCCCUUCCUGCUCCACCUGGGCCUGACAGCACGCACACACGACGUGCGAGAGUUCCAGGAGAACUUCCCCGAUCAUUACAGGAAGUUCUACAUAGACAGGUCUCUGAGUGAGAAGCUGGGCAAGGCUGCAGAGAAGAAAGAGGAGAUGGCCUUCGUCACAAACACCAUCCAGUGCAACCAGGCUGAGGCCAACAUCAUCUCAGGCGUCCUCAGCAAUGUCCUCAGGGGCCUGUUGGACGAUGCAUAUUUCCAAGAAGCUGUCAAGACAGUGUCCAAGGAAGAGAUCCCCUACUUCAGACAAUUUGGUCAGCGGCCAAAGACGGUGCCACUUUCUGCUAAAGAAUCUGAGAGACAAGUAGGGUCCAGACACAGUUCAGUCGGGGGUACACCUGCCAGGGAGACCACCAGCCGAGAAGGUGGGAGCAGGGCAUCACUGGCAUCGGUGGAGGAUGUUGCGAGGACCCCCAACAGUGUAGACAGUAGGAUGUCGUCAGUCAGCCUACACAGCCAGAAGGGUUCUGUAACAGCUGGAAGUGUACAGUCCUUGGUUCGAUCAGCAGCUCCAUCACAGCAUCCGUCCCGCACCGACUCCAGACGUGCCAUCGAACUUGAGAAGCAAACACACCAGAAACAGGCUAUCAAGAAAACAUCUGAGUUUGGCAACUCCUUGGAAUCUGUGCUGGAGAACACCCUCUUGAACAUCAUGACGGAAGCCCUAUCUGAAGAGUACAACAUCACAGCGCGUCCACGGUUCAUCGCUCUUCCUAAACGUCCAUCCUCCGUCGGCAGUCGGACUGGCCGACUCUGAACAUUCACAGUUAUGAAGCACUGUCAACCCAAUAGAUUUCAGUACUCUGUACAAGUGGAGAAACACAACAGAAUUGAUUGAAGCUUCUGGAUUGGAAGUUAUCUUGACUGUGAUUAUAGACUUGAAAUUGAGCCUGUAUAUAUAUUUUUGUGUAAUAAUAUUGUAUAUAACCAUUUUCCUAUGGAACCAAACUAGUUACCGAGUAUGAUCAGUUGUGGAAAUGAAUAUUCCUUAAAGCUAUUCUUGUAUUUUCUGUUAAAAUGUAUGACUGAUGAUUGAUUCAUUUUGGAUUUGGAUAAAGUAUGUUACCAUUACGUUAUAAUUGUUUUCAAGAAUAGGCUGGUGUGUUGUCAGGUUGUCGUGACGUUAAUCCUUAGUUUCCAUAUAUUUCCAUAUUUUUUUGUGAAUCUUUUUACAUUUGCAACAUUUAUCAAGAACUGGCUAAAAGAUAAUAGAUUAUCAUGUAAUACUGAACUGAAAUCAUUGUCUUUUAAAAAACUGUAUAAAUGAGCUGUUAAAAGAAGAAUUUCUUAAAUCUGAACAAACAUUUCUCAGAGAAUGUAAACUUAUGCUUAAAACUGAUCAUGGAAACUGACAUUUUAUUUUAAAGAAGUAAGACUGAAUUGUGUGUAGAUAUACUUUACAAAAUGUAUGUGAUAAACGUCAUACCUUUGACUGUAUUCAUGUUGAUAUUGAGUCAGUCUGUUUUCUUUCCAAUUCCCAGUUGUGUUGUACAGUACUAAUAUAUUGAAGUCUGUGAUACGUUCCUGCUAGUAUUCCUGUACAGAACAGUAUUCGUUCCUGUUACAUUUACAGCCAUGAUCCGUCCAGCUUGGUGUGUAGAUUGGAGGAGGAAUAAACAAGGACCAUUUUG